AUGACAGAUAAAAAUGAGUCAAUACCUCUGAAAGCAGUUAUUGUUGGAUACGAUGGAGUCGGCAAAACAAGUCUUAUUUUAACCUAUCUAAAAGGGCAGUUCCCUUCAGAUGAAGUGUACAUACCACUUGUUACUGACGCGGCCACUCUUCAUCACUGUGGGCACAAGGGAAGGCAGAUCAGUCUCAGCAUUUGGGACACAGGAAGUGGUAUUGAUUAUACCGAGCACAGACAUCAGAGUUACAAACACGCACACCUUUGUAUGCUCCUGUUUGACGUUUUAUGCGAUUCAGAUAUCAGAUUCGAACUCACAGUUUCCCAGUGGUUAAAAGACAUUCGUCUGUUUUCAAAUGAUGUUCCGAUUAUAUUUGUUGCUACCCGAGCUGAUUUGAGAGAGUGUUCAGAGCAGGUAGGGAUCAAGGUCCUGACUUCAGAACAGUGCUCAGAUAUGGCUCUGAAACACGGAGCUGUAAAGUACAUGGAGGUAUCAGCCCUGAGGAACGAGGGUGUGGCAGAACUGUUUAGUGAGAAGAUGGCAACGGGUAAUGACAUAGACAUAAAAUGUGUAGUUGUUGGAAAUGAUGGAGCAGGGAAAACAUGUGCAUUGAUUACUCUUACUACUGACUUCCAAUUAGACUGGGGACCUGAACUGUACGUUCCUUAUGGGUUCCUUAUAAUGCAUAAUUUUAAGAAGAGGGGAGAGUUAGAUAAUACACCUUUAUGUGUUGAAUUCUGGGACACUAAAGGACUUGAAGAGUACAGUCGACUACGUCCCUUAGGCUAUCCCGGUUCUCAUGUGUUUCUUUUGUUUUUCGAUAUCACCGAUAGUAGAGAGAGUUUUGAGGAAAUGUUUUCCUUUUGGUGGUCAGAAAUCCGACGGUUUAGCUCCGACGUUCCUAUCAUUCUUGUCGGAUCAAAAAUAGACUUGAGAUACAAUGGUCUUGCUACUAUUUCAACUGUUGAAGGUGAGGCAAUGGCUAAGAAGAUUGGAGCUGCAAAAUACAUGGAAAUAUCCUCUUUACUGGAUAAAGGUUUGACUGAGUUGUUCGAAGAAGUUGCCAGUAUUGGUUAUCAUUACAAGAGGAAGAAGACAGUGAGGAAGACGAAAACUAAAUGUAACGUUUUGUAA